AUGAUUAGUUCUGCACUUUCAGGCGAAAACCCCGAGAAAAUUGAAAAAGAAUAUGUGGACUGUUUACCUUGCAAACUCACAGGUGCGGCAGCUUUUGGAGGUUUGGGUGGAUAUGCUUUACGUGAAGCUACCGUAGUAAAUAAAUUACCCGGUAGAGCAAAGACAGCCAUUGGAUUAGGUGUCACUGGUGUAGCAUUUAUUUCUGCUGGCUUGUAUAGACUUACUAUGUAA